AUGGCACAGAGAAUAGUCCCCGAGAUGGCUCACUAUUCACAACGGGCAGUAUUAAAACCACGACCGGGUCUUGACCAGAGUGCAUACCGCGUACCCGCUCCUUGGGAACGGGUUAAACCUAUCAAACCAGUUACAGAAGAGCACAAAGAAACGAUCAUCAAGUAUUAUCCAUUCAAGGAUUGUUUGGAUGACUACCAAAAUCGUCCCCUGUUUGAUACAGUCUGA